AGUCGGGCCGGGCGGGCCACCGAGCCCGGGUCGAGGUCUGAUUGGAACCCAGAAAUGGAAGGCAUCGAUGAAAACCUGAGGGCUCCACUUCCAGGAGUCUUCCUGUCCCCGCUUAAGCACCCGUCAAUUGAAUUUGCUGCUUUUGUUUCAGCUAUGGGGGUUUUAGGGUUUAUGAGAGGGUUUAACGGCCUCCCCAGCAGAGGAUGGAGGAUCGAAGGUCACCCAUUGGAGUAUAUUCAGAGGAGAGGGUUAUCAGACUCCAAGAAGAAUUUCUUCAACGGCGACGAUGGGGUUCUUCCGGUUCUGAUCGUCGGCGCUGGACCCGUCGGUCUUGUUCUCUCCAUACUACUCGCCAAAUUGGGGAUCAAAUGUGCUGUUUUGGAGAAAAGUAAGAAGUUUUCUAGACACCCACAGGCACACUUUGUCAACAAUCGAUCUAUGGAGGUUUUUCGCAAAUUGGAUGGUUUGGCAGAGGAGAUUCAGAGGUCUCAACCACCUGUGGAUUUGUGGAGGAAAUUUAUAUACUGCACAUCACUUUCUGGUUCUAUUCUUGGGUCAGUAGACCAUAUGCAACCUCAAGAUUUUGAGCAAAUUGUCAGCCCAGUGUCUGUUGCCCACUUUUCACAAUACAAAUUGAUCGGGUUACUUCAUAGGCAGCUUGAAAGUCUCCACUUCCACAUUUGUACUGGUGAAGGGUUAGAAGAGUUUAAUCAUGCCUCCCUAAGGGAAGGGAAUAUUUUAAUGGGGCAUGAGUGUGUAUCCAUCGAUACUAGUAACCAUUAUGUUACUGUGACUGCAUCUUGUCUUAGGGAAGGGAAACAUAUAGAGAGAAAAAUCCAGUGUCAUAUCCUUGUUGGUACAGAUGGUGCCGGAAGCACAGUAAGAAAGCUUGCAGGAGUAGGCAUGAGAGGCCAGAAGGACUUGCAGAAGCUUGUCAGUGUUCAUUUUUUGAGCCGGGACCUGGGACAGUACCUGCUUAAUGAGAGACCUGGUAUGCUAUUCUUUAUUUUCAAUCCAGAAGUUAUAGGGGUUCUUGUUGCUCACGAUCUCAAGCAAGGAGAAUUUGUAUUGCAGAUGCCAUUUUAUCCACCUCAGCAAAAACUAGAAGAUUUCGAUUUUGAGAUGUGUGAGAAAUUGAUCUUCAAACUGGUUGGUCAAGAGCUUUCAGAUGUAGAGGUUAUUGACAUAAAGCCAUGGGUGAUGCAUGCUGAAGUUGCUGAUAAGUUUGCAUCCCACGGCACCCGAAUAAUACUUGCUGGUGAUGCUGCUCACCGUUUUCCCCCAGCUGGUGGUUUUGGAAUGAAUACUGGCAUUCAGGAUGCUCAUAAUCUUGCCUGGAAAUUAGGUGCAGUAGUGAAGGGUGUUGCACCAUCAACAAUUCUUUACACAUAUGAAACAGAACGUAGACCGAUUGCACUUUUCAAUACGGCACUUAGCGUUCAAAAUUUUAGAGCCGCCAUGGCAGUUCCCACUGCACUCGGUCUCAAUCCUACUAUUGCAAACUCAGUGCAUGGAGUCGUCAGUAAUGGGGUUGGUUCAAUUUUACCACUUGGACUACAGAGUGCAAUUUUAGAGGGCAUUUUCUCCUUAGGUCGCGCACAACUUUCAGAGUCUUUUCUGAAUGAAAGUAACCUGCUUGGAUCUUUGAGGCUUGCUAAAGUAAGACAUAUUUUAGAAAAAGGACAGAGCCUUCAGCUGCAGUUUCCUGCCGAGGAUCUUGGCUUUAGAUACCUUGAAGGAGCACUUGUUCCUGACAGUGAUGGCGUUCCCAAUGCCCCAGAAGUACCUACUGGCCGUCGAAGGGACUAUAUUCCCUCUGCACAUCCAGGGUCAAGGCUACCACAUAUGAACCUGAGGGUCUUAUCGAAGUUGCCAAGUGAGGAGACAUUUUCUACACUUGAUCUUGUGUGUGCUGAUAGAGUAGAGUUCCUUCUCAUCAUAGCACCAGCAAAGGAGUCCUAUUGUAUAGCUCGUGCCGCAUUCAAGGUGGCUGAGGAAUUUAAAGUUUCUGCCAGGGUGUGCAUUAUGUGGCCUCAUGAUACUCCUACUUCAAGUGAAGUAGGAAGUAGGCCAGCAUUGGAGCCUUGGGAGAAUUUCAUAGAUGUUGUUGAAGUUGGGGGCAUAUCAUCUUCAUUGUCAUGGUGGAAUUUGUGUCAGAUGACAGACAAAGGAGCUAUUUUAGUUAGACCCGAUGAGCACAUUGCCUGGUGCGCAAAGGCAGGAGUUACUGGGGAUCCUAUUUUUGAGUUGAAAAGGGUUUUCUCUGCUAUUUUGGGAGUGAAGGAAACCUAGCAAGUAUUGGGACUUGGCCGGACAAGUGUUAGUAAUGCUUCCACGGUACAAACUGACAGUUCGGGCAUUAUACUUUUGAGGCAUUGGAGAUUUAUUCAUCCCGAGUUUUAGCUGGUGCCAAAAUAGACUUGGUAGCUGCUUGUCCACACUCCACAGUUUCAUAUGAAGAAUAAGUGAAAAUAUACAUAAAUAUUCAUUCAUGAAGUCUCUCCCUCUCUCUCCAAGCAUCUUGGUCUCUGGUAGUCGAGCAUUUUUUUAGGGUUAAAUAUGCUUUUGGUCUCUAUGAGAUUACCUUAUUUAUUUUGGGGUUUUCAAUAAGAUUACCUUAUUUAUUUUAUAA